GUGUCGGUCUGUCCGCGGCUUGCUGUCUGAGUAUGUCCAUUGCGUGUAGCUCAGCGUAUGAUUUUGCGGGCACGAGCCCUGUGUCUACCGUGUGUGUUUCUGAGGGUCUGGGUGUGUGUCCGUCCGUCCGCCUGUGCACGUGUGUUUCUUACGUUCAUGUGUAGUUUUAGGGUUGUGCGGAUGGCGGUGUUCUUGAAAUUUGAGGUUCUGCAUGUGAAUUUGAAGCCGUGUGUGUGUCUGUGUGUCUGUCUGUCCGGCUGCCUUCCUGAUGCUUGACGGUGCGCAUGAUUUUGAGGGUGUGUAUUUCGUUUCAAGGGAUCGAUUUCGCACAGGCCAGUGCCAGUCAGAGGUGUGUCUAAGUGCAGGGAAUAGCUUGCGCGAGAGAAAAUCCGGUGCGGGCAAAACUCGGUAGUUGUGUGCAGUCGCGUACACCUGUGUGUCACUGCCGACGCGUGUGCCAAGGCCUAAGCGUGUGCUGCUCCACCCUCAGCCCCAGCCCCUAGAUCUGUAGCUAGCGAGACCAGGUUGCCUGCUGCUGGCAGGGUAAGGUUGUCUAGGGCUCCAGCCCCCUGGGCUGCCCAGGCGACAGCCGAAUUCCCACCCCUCCCAACCUGGAGAGGCCCCCUGUGGCCCAGUCUCCGCUGCAAGGAGGGGCCAGCGCCCAAGCCUGGUCUCGUGGGAACCUAAGCCAACCGCGUUGGAGGCCCGCAUCCCAGUCAGUUCCUGGUCAGAAAGAAGAGAGAAGCUCCUUCUUCCUCCGCUCAGCUCCUGGGUCCCACCUGACUCGAGAGCUUGGGAAUGGGGGCUUAGGAAGCAUCCCGAGAUGUGGGUGGGGCUGCAGACUGGUCCCCGGUCCAGCUGAGGCCAUGCCCCGGUGGCUCUGAAAAGAGAUGUGUUUGCUGGAACCUGGGAACAAGCAGGGGUGCUCCUCCUAGGCCCACAAAGUGAUGACAGGCCAGCCCCAAGGCAAGUGCACUGUAUUGUUGAAACCUUGCGGGAGGCUUGGGCCGCCUGGGACUAUCCUGUCCAUUCUGCUGACCAACUGAAGACUCGGGCUGGGAAGUGCGGAGCAGAGCCUCAAAGCCAGGGCUGACUGCUCUGCCUGGGUCCUGGCCCUGAGGCCUGUCCUCUGGGCUGGCAAAGGACCCUGGCUGGAGGAGUCCUGAAGCUAGCUACUUGGCAUGAAGCUGGGAGGGUGGGGGGUGUUCAUCUCUCCAGCCUCCAUGCUGCCCUUUCCCCGUCUGUGCCAUUCUCCUGCCUGGGCCCACCCACCUCCUGCCUCAGCCUCUCCAUGAGCCUCCUCCCCACUUCACGCUUCACCUCAGCAGGGCGGAAAAUUAAAUAUUCCCAUCCAUUGUAAAGCACGUUCUGAUUUCAGCACUAGAAUACGCAGUGUGAUAAAAAGAGCCAUUUUCAAACAAGCCCUCAGGGGGAGUCUCUCACCUUUGAGGACCCUCACCAGUUCCACUAGCAAGGCUCCGGCUCAUCCGUCACCUCCCAGCUCCACGCUUUCCUCUUUGGCAAGCCAAGUGUGUCCCACUGACUGUGGUAUGGACCGCCAUGAGCCGGUCCCAGAUAGCUCUGCUGGGCCUGGGCCUGCUGCUCAUGCUGCUGCUGUACGUGGGGCUGCCGGGCCCCCCCGAGCACACUUCCUGGCUCUGGAGAGACCCCAAUGUCACAAUCCUGGCUGGUCUCACCCCUGGCAACUCCCCCAUCUUCUACCGUGAGGUUCUCCCACUCCGUCGGUCACACAGGGUGCAGGUGGUGCUGCUCCACGGAAAAGCCUUUAACUCCCACACGUGGGAGCAGCUGGGCACACUGCAGCUGCUGGCACAGAGGGGCUACCGGGCUGUGGCCCUUGACCUCCCAGGUUUUGGGAACUCAGCUCCUUCAAAGGAGGCCAGAACGGAGGCAGGGCGGGCGGAGCUGCUGGAGCGCGUGCUGCGGGACCUGGAGGUGCAGAAUGCCGUGCUGGUGAGCCCCUCGCUGAGUGGCCGCUAUGCCCUGCCCUUCCUGAUGCGAGACCACCAUCAGCUGCACGGAUUCGUGCCCAUCGCACCCGCCUCCACCCAGAACUACACUCAGGAACAGUUCUGGGCCGUGAAGACCCCGACUCUCAUUCUGUAUGGGGAGCUGGACCACAUCCUGGCUCGGGAGUCACUGCGGCAGCUCCGCCACCUGCCCAACCACUCUGUGGUGAAGCUGCAGGACGCAGGUCACGCCUGCUACCUCCACAAGCCAAAAGACUUCCACCUUGUCCUCCUUGCCUUCCUUGACCAGCUGCCUUGAGCUCUCCCUCUUAGCCUGGAGGGUCUGGACCAGUCCCCUACCAAGGAGGCAGCCCCUAGGAUCAGAGAGCAGAGGCCAGAAGGCCAGGCCCAGUCAGGAGCUCUUAUUUUUCUCACAGGCACAAUAAAUAAAAGCACUUUUGUCAUGCCCAGGGA